GUUUCGGUUUCGGCCAGUUUUGUUUAUGGCCAACAAGCAGUUUCAAGUCAGCAGGCAAGCCCAAAGGUUUGUCCACAAAAAAGAGCCACCUUCUUCCGUUAAACCAAAAACCAGUGCACUUUGACCCCGGACGCAAUGGGCAACAAAAGCGGGGAAGUGCUGCUCGUAACCGGCGGCAGUGGAUUUCUGGGUCAGCACCUCAUCAAGCAAUUGCUGGAGCGGAAGGAGGAGCUGGGCAUCAAAGAGAUCCGCUCACUGGAUAUAGUGCCCUACAAGAACAACAUCGGCCAUGAGGAGACCCCCCUACUGCGCACCUAUGUGGCCGAUAUUGGGGGCGAUCGGGAGGCACUCAGUCCCAUCUUCAAGGGAGUGGACGGGGUCUUCCACUGCGCCGCCUCGGUGAAAAUCGAGUAUCCGCCCAAUUACGAGGAACUGGAGCGCGUAAAUGUGAACGGCACCCUGGCCGUGGUGGACAUGUGCAUCCAGAACAACGUGAAGCGCCUGGUAUACACCAGCUGCACAUCCGUUUGCUUUGUGCCUUUCAAGGGCCGAAGUACCUUCUCGGCGAUAAUUAACUCAACGGAAUCCAAGACAGACACUCCCACGCUGGACAGUUCCACUUUGUGGGAGCAGGAUAAUCAGUUCCUGAUACCAGGGUACGCUUCCAGCAAGCUUAGGGCAGAGAACAUAGUCCUCAACUCGAAUGGAGCUCCCCUGCACAACCAGGAGGAAUACCUGGCUACCAGCGCCAUUCGUGCCCCCUUGACCUAUGGCGAGUGUGACUCGCACUUCAUCACGCAGAUCUUCGACUUCCUUUCCUCUAGGGGAUGGGUUUUCCCGAGGAUUGCGGGCGUGGGAGGAAAGCAGCAGUUGGUCUACGCCGGGAAUGUGGCCUGGGGACAUAUCUGCGCCUAUAAGGCGCUCAAAGUGUCCGAUAAGGCGGUGAAUGGACUUCCCGUCUUUGUCACCGAUGAUACGGGCAUCAAUGAUGUCUCCCGUUUCGUCCAGAAGAUGGCGGUGCUGGGCGAGCGGUUCAAGGUGAAGACCAGCUGGUGGUACGUGCCGCACUUCCUGUUCUUCUUCCUGGCCUUCCUGCUGGAGGUGGUGGUGCGGGUGGCGUAUCCCUACACCAAGUACCGCCUGCGGUACUCCCUGCGCGCCAUCGCCUCCUACACGUCCUCGAUGCUGAUGUACAAUCGCUUAAGAGCCUCCAUCCACAUGGACUACAUGCCACUCUUCGAUCCGGACGCGAGUGCCGAGCGGAGCGCGAAGUGGUAUGCCACGUGGUGGGACCAACGGCAGCAGGCCAAGAAGCUCAAGAAGUCCAGCUGAGUGGGGCUAAUCCCCUCGUAUUGCGAUAGUAUACUUCUUGAUAUCCUGAGUGGAUUUGUGUUUACUGCCCUCUCUGAAUCCUGUAAAUAUCUUGUUAAAUAAAAUGGUUGUUGUUUGUAUUA